GCAUCAUCGAAUUCUGGGGAGCGAGUUGAUGCGACAGCAAGGGAGACGUCCCCCCUCGCUAGAACCAACGCAGCACACCCCAGCAAAGGAAAACGCACCCGGCCAACCGUUAUUUUCCCAUUGAAUCCUUUUCCCUUGCCGACGAGCUAGACACACCACCCAGCAACGGCCACGAACCACACCAAAAAAAAAAAAAUGCGGUCCUACGCGCUCGCGCACCUCGUCCUCUGGACCCUUGUCGGCACCGUCAGCGCGCAGUUCGGCGGCUUCUUCGACCAGAUGUUCGGGGGCGGCGGCGGCGGCGGAGGAGGAGGAGGCGGCGGAGGCGGACACCAGCACCACCAGCAGCAGCAGCAGCAGGACGUGCCGAGCGACUCGGCCUGGUACCGCAGCAACGUCGACGCGGCCCAGUGCAGCAACUAUCUCUGCCCCGACACGCUCGCCUGCGUUCACUUCCCCCACCACUGUCCGUGCCCAUUCCCCGACCACGAAGACAAGUUUGAGCUGGCCGACGGCCAACGGAUCUGCGUCUCCCGCGGGGGGUUCAAGGCGGGCGAGGCCGCGAGGAAGGUCGAGCUGGCAAGGAAGGGAUUGUUGUGAGGAGCUGUCAAGUCUGAGGGGGUGAAUUGAAUCGCUUGUUGCGACGAGACAAUUUCUUGGUUAUGUUAACACUACGAAGCCUAUGUUUUCCCAAAACAUCCGUCGAAUCCGUGUACCUGAUCGUGAAUGCAUGGGCACUUACAAAUGCACUGGUC